AUGAAUAGAAACAACUUGGUUGGAUUUAUGAAUGUUUUAAACAAGUGCACAGCAAAUAAAUUCAUAAGACCAAACAAACUGCUGCAGAAUCAUCUGUCAUUGAGCAUUGAGUUUAUAAUGCAUAAAUGUGAAGUAAAUAUGAUUGAAAGCUACAGCAGAUCAAAGAAUAUUGUGGAAGAAGUCAGGAAAAGAACGAAUUGCGGAGCGAGUUUAUCAAGAUUUCUGAAUUAA